AUUGGUUGUUGAAUCAUGCAGUAGUAAUCUCACUAGAAUUUUUCUUUGAUUACGUAUUUUAUAUUAAUCGUUAUCACGGAGCCUAAAUAACAGGAGGGCGAUUGCAAUGAUUAGAAAUGUAAAAAUGUACAAACCUAACCUAUAACUUAUCGUUUGAAUCAUUCGCGGGCAAUUACGUGACUACACGAAUUCCUAUCCCUCAGCAAUGUAUAUGGCGCGUCCCUCCUAUAGGGUCCCUAACGCUGGUACGCUAGUUGCAUCUCACUCACGGAGCCUAGAUAGCAGGAGGGCGAUCGCAAUGUAUUACAAAUGUUCGAAAAUGACGGGACAGAUCUUUUGCCACUAGGCUCCGUGGUUAUACUAUUAAAAACAAAUCUAUGUUAUCCAUUAACCAAUUAAUUUUGUUUUUCUUCUAUUGUUUGUUAAGUAUUUUACUUUUGUUAUCUAUUAUUUUCUAGGAUGGAAUUUAUUGAUUAAGACGCAUACAUUUGUACUACGCACGAAAUGUAAUCGUUUCUUUUGAGAUACGAAUUAUAAAUAUAUAUAAGUUUUAUAAAAAUUUAUCGAAUUUUCGAAUGUCUUCAUUGGAUAUUAGGGUUGUAAUUGUUGCGUUUAAUAUCAUUAAUCCUAUUCCAAAUAUAAAUUUUGAAAUAAAAUACACAUAUAUAAAAGUUAAUAAGAGAGUUAGAUCUUAUCAAACUUAUGAGAACUGUCAAUGUUACGUUUCUACAUGCGAUUUUACAUUUUAACAAAAAUACAGAGGAAUUUACAGAGUAGGCAUAUUGAUAAAAAAAUAUGGAAAGUGGUUCAUUGACUAGGGUUCUACAUGAUUUUUUUACAACCAUCGAUGGAGAAUUAAGUCUCUACAAAGGGGAACAUUUUUUGAUACAUAAGAUCAUCGAUAAGCAUUGGUGUUAUGGACAAUCGUAUAAUAAAACAGGAAACUUUCCUUUAAAUUAUUUACAUAAAGUUGAGAUUCCGCAGUUACUAGAUACUCAAAGUUUAUUCGUAUCAAUAGCUGCCUUUGCUGGAGAACAAUCUGGAGAUUUGUCAUUUGGAGCAGGGGAACUUAUAGUUGGAGUACGUGAAGCUGGAUCAGGAUGGUAUUUUGGAAAAAUAGAUUCCAGAGAUGGAAUAUUUCCUAUUACGCACACAUGGCAGAUAGAUACAAAUUUGUUAAAGAAAACGGGUAAUAAAAAAUAUACUAAAAGAAAGGGAAGAGUUAAAGCGACAUUGAAGGCCCAAUUACAAGAGGAAUUAGAUUUAAAUGAAGGCGAAAUAGUUACGAUUAUUGAAGUUUUGGAUGAUGGUUGGUGUCGAGGAAUUUCAGAGGAUGGUAGAAAUGGCAUCUUUCCGGAAGGAUUUAUUUCUUAUAUAAGUGAUAAUGAAACCAGUGAUCAAAUGGAUGCGUGCUGCUCAAAAGAAGAUGUUUCACCAUCAUUUGUAUCCCAUAUUAAUUCAGUGGAGAAUAAUGUUUCUAACAGGCAUUCAAUACAAUCGUAUAACGAAGAAGAUUCUGCACCGAAUUAUUAUGACUUAUUUCCACAAUUUUCUACAUUCAAAGAUAAAGUACCAGAGGAUAAUGAUCGCGACGAUAAUGCUAAUUUGUUCGACAUUAAACCAUACGCCAUAACGUUAUAUCCAUUUAAUGCUCAAUUUCCAAACGAGUUAAAUUUUGGAGUAGGAGAAGUAGUGCAUCUUAUAAAACAUAUUGAUUCAGAAUGGAUGGAAGGUUCUAUUGAUGAUAAUAAAGGAAUAUUUCCAGUAUCUUAUGUUAACAUUGUAGUAGAUUGCCCAGAAACGAAAUCUACCGAAGUAGUACUUAAUAGAGAAGACAAUAGUACGGAAUAUACUUUGUUAGAACCAGGUACAAUGGCCAAAGUGGAAUAUACAUUUAAAGCACAAAUGGAUGGGGAUAUAAAUGUCACGGAAGGAGAUAUUGUAACAAUUAUCAGUAUAGCUAAUGAAGAUUGGAUUAAUGUUAAAAAUGUUAAUGGCGAAAUUGGUCUCUGUCCAAGAGGAUAUUUAAGUCCAAAUCCUAUAUCAGAACCUGAUAUUGAUCCAACAUUGGAUUUGUUAGAAGAUUUUGUUGUACUAAGAGACGACAAGCCUAAUUCAUUAACGGACAAAGAAAAUAAACCAAAAAGACUUUCGGAACCUCAUAGACCAGCACCACCGGUACCAGCUCCUGGUAGUAUACCAUUGCAGAAUAGUAAUAAAGAUGCAACCACUGAUAAUACAUCUGAAACUGAAAAUUCAAUAGCCAUUUCCGAGAAAAGAGCGGAUCAAAGACAAAACGUUAUAUCAGAAUUAGUUCUUACAGAGAAAGAGUAUGUUCGCGAUCUGAGAUUGACUUAUGAUACUUUUAAUCUAUCUAAUCCUCAUUUUCUUAAAGCAAAAGGUAUAGAUGUUGACGUUUUAUUUGGAAAUAUAUUAGAAAUCAUUCAAGUUGCUGAAGAAUUACUAUACGAAAUAUUAAGAGCUAUGAAAGGAUGCGAUGAACAAUUACAACAAGUUGGUACGUGCUUUAUAAAUAUGGCUAAUAAAUUACGGGUUGUAUAUGUGAAGUAUUGUGGAAAUCACGAAGCAGCGCUUGCUUUAUUAAAAAAGUAUGAAAAUAAUGAAGAAAUUAUGGCUGUAUUUAACAAGGGUACUGAGACAUUACGUUAUCAAAUAGCUUGUUUUGAUAUGAGUUCCAUUCUUAUAAAACCCGUGCAAAGAAUUUUGAAAUAUCCUCUGAUUUUGUUCGAAUUAAUAAAAUGUACUGAAGAUGACCAUCCGGAUAAAGAAUCUGUAAAAGAAGCAUGGAAGGCUAUGACGGACGUGGCUUGUUAUAUUAAUGAAUAUAAACGUCGAAAAGAUUUGGUGUCUAAGUAUUUAGAUAACGAUAAUACAUUAAUUAGAAAAAUGGCUAAAUUAAAUAUGCAUUCCGUUGCAAAAAUGUCUAUGCGUUUAAGUACAAAACUAUCUGCUAGUUUAGGUUUGACAAAUAUUGCAGUGGAUCCAGUAUUUGAAGAACUCGAAAAACAAUUCAGAUCUAUAGAAAAAUGUAUAUGGCAAUUUGCCAAAGAUGUUGAAAUGUGUAUUAUUUAUUUAAGUAACGAAGCCAUUUCUGGUGAACUUAUGUCAGAUUAUUUAAAUCAAUAUUAUCAGGGAACACCAAAUCUCGAAAUUAAACGAUUUAGAGACACUCGUUCGUUAAUUUGGUCACAAUUUAUGCAAGAUUUGAAAUCAACAUUGGAAAUACGUGUUAAUGUGCCAUUGAAUUUGUUAACAACCUUCUUAGAAGGCCCUGCAGUAUUAAUUACAAAGAGACACGAUAAAUUACUAGAUUAUGAUGCUGCCAUAUCGAAAAGCGAAAAGUAUAAAGAGUCAAAAAUUGUACAGGACGAAUUGGCAACAGCAAGAAGUAAUUUCGAGGCCUUAAAUCAACAGUUAUUGGAAGAAUUACCGAUAUUAAUCGACGCGGCUGUAAACGUAUUGGUUAAAUGCAUCGACGCUUUUGCAAAUGCUCGUAAACUUUUAACCGGAAAAAUUACAAAAAGAUAUUUAACGCUUUGCGAGACUACAACUCAAGUCUCGUUAAAAGAUAUCCUAGAAUCUUUUCUAGUAAAUCAUAAUUUACUUUGGAAUCAAAUUGCACGUUUCUCAUUCGGCGGUACAAAUUCAAGAACAGAAGAAGAGAAAGGAGAGAUGUAUUCGCAAAGUGAAAAGGAACGGAUUUUAUUAAGAAAGAAAUAUUCGAGAGAUAAGUUAUACUUUGUAACCGAAAACGUAAUGAAAACUACAUCUCUCGAUUUGGGUGCUGCAAAAGGAUCUUUGGUAGCUGUUAUCAAAAAUCAAGAUCCUAUGGGUGAUACUACAAGAUGGCUUAUUGAUAACGGUGCUGACAAGGGUUUUUUACCUGCUCAAAAACUGCAGUCCUUACAACUACAACAACCGACGAAACAAACUAGCCUUGAAUCUAAUUCUUAUAGCAAUAUCAAUUCAACGCCAGAUCUAAUAUCGAUGGCCUCACCUGAAAAGGAAAUAAAAUAUUCUUCCGAAUCUAACUCACAAUCGUUACUUUAUCUAAAUAUGGAUGAAGAAUUAAAUACAAAUCAGACUUAUAGUAACAUCGAAGAAAUUUCAAAAACGCAACAGUAUCAGAAUCUUACUUAUGAAUUUUAUUAUACUAUGUAUGAUUUCGCCGGCGGUAUACCUGGUACAUUGCCAGUGACAAAAGGUAAAGCUCUUAGACUCGUUAGACCACAUGAUGAAAAAGGAAACGACGAAUGGUGGCUCGUUGAAGAUCGUCAUGGUCAGACCGGUUACGUUCCUAAAAAUUAUUUGACUCCUGCAGCACUGACAAAAACAUAAUUUAGACGAUACGAAGAAUUAAUUUACUUCUCAAUCGUAUUAACUCAAUUUUUCGUGCCUUAAUUUAUACAAUUAUUUGCUUAUAUAUUUAUAGAAAUAUGUUUAUAAAUACUGCGAUUUAAAUCAAGUCAUUGAAAUAAUUAUAGAACUUGUUCAUUUGAACAGUUGAAAAAGAGAUGAAAAAAAAAAAAC